AUGUUGGAGAGUAGAGCUGUUGGUAGCCCAAUUGUUCCUGGUAGCAGAUUGAGCAAAGAUGAGCAUGGAGUUGUAGUUGAUGAGUCAUUUUACAAGCAAGUUGUGGGAAGCCUUAUGUAUCUUACUGCCACUCGUCCAGACUUGAUGCAUAGUAUGAGUUUAGUUAGCAGAUUCAUGUCUAAACCUACUGAACUCCACCUACAAGCUACAAAAAGGAUAUUAAGAUACUUAAAAGGAAUAGUUGAUUAUGGAAUUAUGUACAAGAGAGAGAUCUCAGAUUUGGUGGCCUAUACAGACAGUGAUUAUGCUGGGGAUUUGGAUGACAGAAAGAGCACAUCUGGUUAUGUUUUCUUGCUAGGCUUAGGGGCUAUCUCAUGGCUUUCAAAGAAGCAGCCUAUAGUUACAUUAUCAACCACAGAAGCUGAGUUCGUGGCUGCGGCUGGAUGUGCAAGUCAAGCAGUUUGGUUGACGAGAGUUAUUGCAAAGCUUGGUUGUGUUCUUAAUAAAGGUACUGUUGUUUAUUGUGACAAUAGUUCAACAAUUAAGCUAUCUAAGAAUCCUGUUAUGCAUGGAAGUAGGCACAUUGAUGUGCGUUUUCACUUCUUGAGAGAACUUGUUCAAAAUGAAGUCAUAAAGCUAGUACAUUGUGGAACUAAGGAGCAGGUUGCUGAUUUAAUGACAAAACCUUUGUAG